CACUGAGAAGAGUUAGACUCUGUCAAAGGCAUUAAAAUGAGUCAUAAUUGGAAUCAUAGGCAACAAAGACAAGAACAAGUAGUAGAAGAACAAGAGGAAAACAGAUACCCACACGUGCAUAACCAGCAACCUCAGAAUCAUCUUGUCCCCAUGUCAAAAUGUGAAGUUGCAGAGCUAACAUGGGAAAAUGGGCAACUAGCUAUGCUCAGACUUGGAAACAACCUCCCCAAUGAGCAAACAAAACACACAUGGGAAAGGGCCAGUGACACAUUAGAGUCUGUUGUGCAUCAAGCCACUAAUUGCCAAAAGCAAAAUCUUGAUCUAAAGGGAAUAAGUGACAAAAAUAAGGCAAACAUCAAUACUGAGAAUAUUGUGAAGCAAGAAACAAUAGGUGGAGUGGCAAAAAAGAGGAUGAGAUCAGAUUCUGACCCCCAAUUAUAUGGGACUAGUGGAAGAUUAGUAGGAGAAUUUCAUAAGAAUAUUGUUGAUCAGCAUGCUGAACCUAGUGCUUCUGCAAGUGCUAGGGACACUGUUAUGACAUGGCCUAAUUAUCAUUCCCUUGACGAGUCUUCUCGCAGCUUUAAGUCCAAAGCCACUUUCAAUGAGGAUUCUGCCUGUCAUAUUGCUGGCUUGGAAAACAAGGAGACAGAACGUGAAACAAAAGCCCAUAACACGUUAGGACGCAGCCGAACAGCUGCUGUUCAUAAUCAGUCAGAGCGGAGACGCCGCGAUAGAAUCAAUGAGAAGAUGAAAGCUCUGCAGAAGUUGGUGCCAAAUGCAAGUAAGACAGAUAAAGCAUCAAUGUUGGACGAAGUCAUAAAGUACUUAAAGCAGCUUCAAGCACAAAUUCAGUUAAUAAGCAAUGCAAGAAACAUGGAGUCUCAAAUGAUGAUGCCUCCAUUGUCUCUAGGAUUAAUGCAACUACCACAUAUUCAGAUGCCUUUACUAGCAAGAAUGUGGCAUGGGUGUCAAUCUUGGCAUGACAACAGGAAUGCUUAACAAUAUGACUGCUAAUUUAGCUCCAGCUGCUGCAACAACUCCUCAUCAGUCUCUUACUGCUCCCUUCAUUUAUCCAACCUCAAUUGCUACUUCCUGUCCUCCCUUCAUGUCACCGGCCUUUGCCAUGGCCACGACCAUUCCUACUCCGCCACAAGCUAAUGGCGAUGCGAAUGCAAGCAGAGCUGCAUUUGGCGCCCCCAGUGAUACCCAUUCAUUCCCUUUUAAUGACCCCCGCAGUGCAUUUCUAGCGCAAGUAAGUUAAUCCUAUGUUCUUGACAAAUUUCAGUACUCAUACACUGGUAACAUUAAGAAUUUUAAGCUAUUAAUGUAUUUUAAUCCGUUGCGCGCAGUAAGUAACUUGUCUUAGCUAUCAGGUAACUGAUCUCAUUUUCUAUAUAUGAGGUUACUUGUAGGUUUUAGGUUAUCCUUUACAUGAUAUGAUAUAUGUAGUUACACUCCUCUUGACAUACCUUUUUUCAUCCAAUCAACAAUGUUGUUUAAAUUAACUCUUUUUUUUUCAAGUAGUGUUUGA